AUGAAGUAUGGAUAUACAGGAAAGGCUCUUAAGAUCGUCUCCCCCAACGCCGUGAGCAUAAGGGUAUUCAGGUUGCUCCUUAUCGUCUAUUUGUUCGUCUUGCUGCUUACCUACAACAACCAAGUUAUUAUACUAAAUCUCCUUUUCCUUAUAGAGGGGCCCCUUGGGGGGCCCUCCGGGGGGCCCCCCAUCAAGGGGCCCCCACAGCAGCGUCUACUUAUGGGAGGGAUGGAUUUGCAGCAGCACGCCACCAGCGAAACAAACCGUCUGGACCCCCUUCUUCGAGAUUUGCUGCGUGUGGGGUAUCCAAUAGACGGUCUGCUGCAGCAGAUGCAGCAGCAGCUGCAUCAGCUGCCUCUUUGCUCUCCUGCUGCUGUUGCAUCUCUUGGCUUAAUCUUGGGUAGCUGCAGGUCUAAUAAUAUGCAUGCAAUUAAAGCCCUUAUAGAUACACUCACAAACAGAUACGCCCUCCUGCCAUCUGCUUACUAUGAGCCUCUUGACUCUGAAUGGUCUCUUGUUGUAGCAGCAGCAGAGAAGCAGCUGCUGCAUCCUGCAGCAGCAGGAGAGCAGCAGCUGCUGCCUGCAACAGCACCAGCACCAGCACCAGCACCAGCACCAGCAGCAGUAGGAGCUGCUGCCCGUGGGGCUGAGGAGACAGAUGACACUGCAGCAUAUGAAGAAGCAGCAGAAAUGAUGCAGAAAACUGCUGCUGCCUCAGCAGCAGCAUGUGUGCAGCUGGUAGCGAAGCACUUGCAGCAGCAGCAACAGCAGCAGCAGCAACAGCAGCAGCAGCAACAGCAGCAGCAGCAACAGCAGCAACAGCAGCAACAGCAGCAGCAGCUGCCAUUCGUGUGGUUAUCCUGCGGUUCCCUACCAUUCACUCCUAUGCCCGAUCUGCUGCUGCUGCUGCUGGGUCUUGUGCGGCUGCGCUGCAGUAGCAACAGGCUCCUUGAAUCCCUUAGCAGCAUUCUCAGCAGCAGCAGCAGCAGCAGCAGCAUAACGCAGCAGAUAGAAGGGGGCCACCUCCCCACACUAUUAGUUUGUCUUAGCAACGCCAAUUGGCUGUCGUUGUCUCCCUUGGAGACUCUUUGUGCUGCUAUUGACAAACUUCUUCCUAAGCUGCUGCCCCAUAUAUCGGAUGCUGAGCUUCCUCCUUUAGUGUGGGGUUAUGCUUCUCUGCUGCACUGCCGCCAGUUGCUGGCAGCAGCAGCAGCAGAAACAGCAACAGCAGCAGCAGCAGCAGCACCAGCCGCAGCCGCAGCUCAAAUAACCGAAGCAGCAUCGGCAACAACAGCAGCAACAACAACAACACUAGCACCAGCAACAGCAGCAGCACCAGCAGCAGCAGCUAAGCCUGCUGCUCCUGCUGCUCCUGCUGGUGCUGCUAUUCCUUUGCCUCCUUCUUUCCUUGAGUUGCUGCAGCGCUUUGUGGGUAGCGCAAAAGCGUUAGAGGGCCAACAUGUACAUUUGCUGCAGGUGCGUUGUGUGGCUUCUUUGCCCUUUUUCCCUUAUUCUAUUGACUUGGCUAUACCUAAUCAGCAGCAGCAGCAGCAGCAGCAGCAGCAGGGUCCGUUGGGUGUCUCCUCACAUAAUUGGAUUGUCCCUGACUUAGGGUAUGAGCCGGAGACAGAAGAAGAUAAAAGAGACAGAGAGCAGCAGCAGCAGUUGCUGCUUACUGCUGCUGCUUCUGCCGGCUCACUAACCAAGCCCCAGCAGCAGCAACAACAGCAGCAGCUGCAUCUGCUGCUGGAUAAACACGAUCUGCAGCAGCAACAAAAACAGCAGCAGCAACCGCAGCAGCAGCUGACACAGCAACCAGGCAGCAAAGGGACAGCAGUAUUCCUUGUACCCUCUAUAGAGCAAAUCCUUAUAAAGAAUAUAUCUGUGGGGCCCCCCUCCCCUGGGUACUCGGGGGCGCCUCAAUCGGCGGGGGGGGGCCCAAGUACCCAUGAGGGGCCCCAGUUGAAGAGUACCCUCCUUCAUGGAUUACCUGUCUUCUUCCUUGAUGGGCCCCAUGGGCCCCCGGGGCCCACCGAGCUGCUGCUGCUGCAGCUGCCAGCAUAUGAGAGAUGGAGGUAA